GCUCGCCUUUUCCAAAAUAGCCUAAACAUCGCUUAGAAAGCUCUUAACUCAUUGUGAUUUAUACCGCCUGUGGGAGAUACCGAAUUACUGGGAGAGGAAUUUGUAUCGAGUUGGCACAGGAUUUCCAAGGAAUUAUGGUAAUCUUCUGCACAAAUGAAUGCCAUGCACAGAUCAAUACUCAGGGGUCCUGAUUCGAGGCACUGUUUGGCUCUGUCUCUAUGCAACACUGAAUCCUACAAACCAUUCUGCAGAUUCCACUAAAGAUUUUUCUUGUGUGUGGUCGGAAUGCCAAAAUGAUCUUAUGCGAAAAGAGAUUACAUGAUUGCACUUAUCUACUAUCAUUAUCUAAGAUGUUAUGCUGCAGGAACUUUAGGGCAUCCGUGGAGGUGUAUAGCUUAUAAAAUAAGAUCUGUUUAACAAUGGAGCAUGUUUUAGAUGUUUCUGCAGAGACAGGUCUAUUGUUCAAAUAAAACAUGGAUGUUGGCAGCUCAAAGGAUUUAGACUCUAUCUCAUACAACUCCAACUAAAUAUGGAGCCUUUAAGCUAUGAGCAACUGAUAGAGAACAAUGGCUUACUAAAAAUAGAGGCAAAAUAGAGCUUGAAGUCAUAGGAAAAACAUGACCGGCACUAUAUAAAUCAAGUCUUUGAAAGUGUUAGUCAUUUGAAAAGGUAGCAGGAGAUGCUGAGAACUAUGCGCUUUGAGAACCUCUGCUCCACCGUGCAGUUGAAUGGAUGGCAGGCUCUGCUGGAUGAUAACAGCGAGGCAGGGCAAGAUCAUUGGGAAAGAGCUCAUUCACGGUCCUUACGACUGUACAGAGCCGUAGUGAAGGGGGACACCAGAGGGCUCCGCAAACUCCUUAAAAGGAAUUACAUUGAUGUUGAUGUAUUGUACAAUGUGAACCGGGAGGAACUGCAGUGGCAAGCUCAUCCAGACACCACAUUUGGACCUUCAGGUCUUUGGUCUUUGGAAUAUAAAAGAGAACUGACAAGUCCACUUUGCAUUGCUGCUGCACAAGGUUUUACUGAAUGUUUGCAGUAUUUACUGGAACACGGCGCACACCCCAACCUUAUCGCUGGAGGAAAAGCUGCACUUCAUGAGGCCUGUGCAAACGCCAACACUGAAUGUGUGGAGCUUCUGCUGGAACAUGGAGCAAACACCAACCAGACCACAGAGGAGGGAGUGACUUCCUUACAUCUCUGCAGGACACCACAAUCACUACGUUGUGCAAAAGCCUUGGUGAGAUAUGGUGCCACGGUGAAUUUAUCCAGUGAGGAAGAUGACGAAACACCAUUGCACGUGGCAGCCAAGCAUGGGCUGCUCCACCACGCACAGCUUUACCUGCGGUUCGGAGCCUGUGUGAAUCAUGUCAGCUCCACUGGUGAAACACCACUAGGCGUCCUUUGCGGGGUGACUCCAGAAAAGACAGACGACAGCCAAGAUGACCAUUACCUUGAGCUCUGCCAUCUCCUCCUGGAUUAUGGCGCUAACGUUAACUUGGCUGAUAAAGAACGGCGCAGUCCUCUACACAAGGCGGCCCGUAACGUUCAGCAUAAGAUUUUGGAGCUGCUAUUGUACCAUGGGGCUGAUGUUAAUGCUAUUGACUAUAACGGGUGUUCACCGUUGUCUAAUGUGCUUCAGAGCUCUGUGGUUCGACAAGAGUGGCAUCCUCACAUAGCUGUUCAGACCCUGUUAAAUCACGGCUCGAUUAAAGUAUGGCCACAGGCACUGCUGAAGGUAUUAACAGCAUGUGCAGAAGCACCCAAAACUGUGGAAAUCCUUUUCAACUCAUACACGCUUGUUCCUGUGACCUCCAAAUGGGUUGAAGCCAUACCUGAGGAUAUUUUUCUUCUUCACAGACCCUUUUAUGAGUCUCUUUUUGCACUGGAGUACAAACCUCGUAGUUUACAGCAUCUGUGUCGGUCUGCACUGAGAAAACACUAUGGGAAGCACUGCUACUCAUUCAUCCCAAGACUCCCCGUGCCGACCCCUCUACAACAGUAUCUCCUUCUGGAACCUGAAGGCUAUGUUGACUAAAGUCAAGCAUUGUUUUUGAGAGUAGCCAUUUUGACUUGUGACAAAUGUGACUGUCUUUAAUUUCACUUUCUGAAAUCUAAAAUCAGUACACAGGGACAGAAAAUGUAUUUCUUGUUUUCACUUGCACUCUUAUUUUUAUAUAUUUGCUAUUUUAGUGUAAACACAGAUUUUAGUGUAUAUAGGCUCACAGGACAGAUUUUCUCACAGGACAUUAUGAUGAUAUGUUGCAUAUUUAAGUUGACUGUGGUAAAUACACCAUAUGACUGAUUUGUUUAAUAUUUCAUUACAAAAUAGUUU